AUUUCAAUAAAUUAUAGUUAGGGUAAUAAAUUGGGUUUAUAUUGAAGUGUCCGAUCCAGUUUGACCAGCUGAGUAGGCAUUGCUCCAAACCACUUGUGUGGCUUGGGUUUAGGCCAAUAUCUGACCUGACCCACAGAUCAUCCCUCAAUUACCCUACUCAAGAGUUCUCUAUCGCCGGCGGAAGCAAAAGCGCACCUUCUCCGCCAACUGCCACCAGUGUUUCUCAAAAUUAUCCAUGAGGAUUUUUAUGCUUAACCCGACAUUGUUUUCUUUUGUUUUACAGGCACUGUUACUUGAGAAUACAUUCCUGGUGCAAAAUUCAAUUUAUUGAAAUAAGACCUGUAUAAGGCGGCGUUCCAAGUAAUGAAGAUACUUGAUGCUAGUAGUGGUGCUCUUACUAAUUUUGAGGUGCUUCAUCUGUUGAGAUCAAGAGGGGCUGGAAAAGAUCUGUCUCGUGUCAUUGCAUCUGUUUCACCAUCUGAAUACAAGGUUUUUGAUUAUUUGGAGCAGACAGCCGCCUGCAACCAAACGAUUGAUAUCAUUAAUAGAUCUUAUGAUGAGUUGAGAAGGUGUGAGCUUGCCAAGGCUGAGAUUCUUAAUAUUAUCAAUAUGAGGCCAGCAUCUGCAGUUGAGGUUUACCCGAUUAUAGAAGAUUGUGAGUCGCGGAUGGAAGACAAAAUAGAUGAGCUUGUGGAGACCAUCAUGCGGAUUUUGCCGCCUCAUCCUUUACAAAAAGAAGAGCCUGUUCAGGAAAGUGUGGAGAACAAUGGAGAAACUGAAAAUUGAAAACUGUUUAAUUGUGUCUUCUUUUGGUUUAGUUCUAGCGAAAAGACUGGUGGAUAAACUGAUUGGAGAUUGGAUAGAGUUUUCUGAUUUCUGUUGAUAUUUGGUCUGUCUUGCUUCAGUUAGGAUGAGUUUAUUCUAGGAAUCCAGUUUGGGCUUUCAGUGGAGUCCCAUCUUGUCUGCUGUUUGUUGAGCUUUGAUAGUUUGGGGUUGUUUCUUGUUUUGCUUGCAGGUGUUGGCUUCAGUGGCAAGGAGGCUGCAGCUUCUUUUUCUGUUACUUUGUUUUGUGAGGCUAUUGUUUCUUUUGCUUUUAGUUAUAGAUUAUAGAUUCUCUGGUUAUGUAUUUUUCUUUUGUUUUGCCUCGGUUUGUUUGGUUUGAGACUGGUUUUUUUGUUUGCUUUUGUUCUUCUCCUUUAUGCGCGUAUAGAGAUAAUCAUGAAUUUCUUAAUUAUUGAAUUUUUUUCCUCUGUACCUUUACAUAUAUGUAGGUUUCUUUUUCGGUUCUUUUGUGGGUAUAAUACAUAGAAUAUACUGUAAAAAAGGUAAAAGAGGAUGUAUAACAUUUUCAUUCAUUUGACAAUGUCUCACUGGAAAUGUUGGUCUGUAACCAAAAAUCAUUUUAUUCUCG